CAUUAUGCUUGUUUUGUGAAUUGGACCUAUCUUGGAUGCUUGAAUGAGCGGUAGAAGAGAAGAGAGCGUGCGGGAUAAACCAAAAGUUGAAGACAAAAUAUGGCUUCAGUCGAUUCAGGAUUCCUCUCGCUCUCGCAUCCGUCACAACAGACGACCCGUGAAAUGCUGCAAAAGGAGCGAGAUGACGCCAUUAUCCGGAUUGCGGGCGAUCACCGACGAGACUACGGCCGGUCGGUCGUCCAUGUCUCUCCCAGCGACCAUUCCAAGGUGCUGUCGUCCAUCUUGACGUCGUCCAUUGUCUCUGAGGCGGGCUUGGGAGCCUUUGACCGACUGCCGGUAGAGUUGCUCUUACAGGCUCUGCGCCAUAUGGACAUGCAGGCGCUCUUCGACCUCCGUCGGGUCAACCUCAGGGCGCGGCAAGUCGUCGAUUCGCUGAAAGAGUACAAGGCUGUGGUAUCCUACGGACUGACGGCAUACUGUGCGCUGCUGCGGAUGAAGCUCGCUGCUCACGUCAGCCUGCUGGAUUUCUACCGAGUGCUGUGCUCCCAGGACUGUGCCUUUUGCGGCAAGUUUGGGGGUUUUGUCUUUCUGCCUACAUGGAUCCGGUGCUGCUUCGAGUGUAUCGAAGAGGAUCCGGAGACGAGGAUGGUGACGGUUGCCGAAGUACGGAGGCUGUUUCGGCUCUCACGCGCGGAAGUCGGUCGGCAGCGGUCGUUCCAGGCACUGCCGGGAAUUUACACUACCGGAUUGGACUCGAUGGAGAAGUCCUACCAGAGAGGUCGUGUUAAACUGGUGCCUUAUUUCCCAGCCAUGAAGGAGUUUGGAGACAGGCUGGAGACAAAGGCAGCACGCCCGCAUCAUCAGCCUUUUUGGGACCCAGUCCACAACUUCAUGGCAUCGUGCGAACUCCCAUACUAUGAUCCGCAGACCCAGACAGUCGAGUACGGAAUAUCAUGUGCCGGCUGUGAGAGGAGUGCCACUGGGCAGGCUCCUGGGCAGGCUCCUGGACAGGCUCCCUCGAGGGCGGCAGACGCUCCGUGGGACAGGGUGUUUUCACGAGACAACUUUUUGAAGCAUUUCAAAGUUUGUGCGCAGGCGCAGAAGCUGUGGGAGGCCAGCCCAGAGGCUGCUUUUGAGGCCAUCAUCAAGCGAGAUGUUUCCCCGUACUGAGCUAUACUAGCCGAGAUACUCGCUCGGCUGUCAUUGGACUGUUACACUUGGGAGUUCGAGAUGUUUGAGGUUUGUGGUAUCUGAAGGCUGAGUCUAGGUUAAGCGACUCUUGUUAAGAGGCCAUGAGUAUGAGUUAUGAUCUUUUUAUGUUUUAUGAUUGGCAUUGGAUUGCAUUGAUUCAGAGUAAGGUACGGACUGCAUAGCAUUUGGUUUUUGAUUUAUGUAUAGGCUAUCAU